GUCACUCGAGGAACCAGAAACUCCAUGUUUGUUCGCCUCUAGUUCCAGAGGCCAGUAUAAACACCAACUCUCACUCCCAACUUUUUUAUCGAACUACAAACUUUAGAAUCCACCUGAAAGAUAAAAUAAACAUUUAUCAAACCAUCAGAACUGAGAUCUUUCUAGUCUCUUACUAUACUUAACCUUAUCCAGUUAAUAAUGACCUCAUUUUCUGCCUUCUCUGAAAUGAUGGGCUCCGAGAACGAGUCUCCUGCAUUAAGCGGGGAGUAUUGUCCGACGCUGGCCGCGAGCUGUCCGAAGAAACCUGCGGGUCGGAAGAAGUUUCGGGAGACGCGUCACCCAAUUUACAGAGGAGUUCGUCAGAGACACUCAGGUAAGUGGGUGUGCGAGGUGAGAGAGCCAAACAAGAAAUCCAGGAUUUGGCUCGGUACUUUCCUAACCGCCGAGAUCGCAGCUCGUGCUCACGACGUCGCCGCCAUAGCCCUCCGUGGCAAAUCCGCCUGCCUCAAUUUCGCCGACUCGGCUUGGCGGCUCCGUAUCCCGGAGACAGCAUGCCCCAAGGAUAUCCAGAAGGCGGCUGCUGAAGCCGCGGUGGCUUUUCAGGCUGAGAUAAAUGAUACGACGACGGAUCAUGGCCUGGACGUGGAGGAGACGAUCGUGGAGGCUAUUUUUACGGAGGAAAACAACGAUGGGUUUUAUAUGGACGAGGAGGAGUCCAUGUUCGGGAUGCCGUCCUUGUUGGCUAGCAUGGCGGAAGGGAUGCUUUUGCCGCCACCGUCGGUACGAUUCGAACAUAACUAUGACUUUGACGGAGAUGCCGACGUGUCCCUUUGGAGUUAUUAAUACAGAGAUUUUUUAUUUCCAGUUUUUGUAUAAUACUUUUUUUUUGGAUUCUUCCUUUUUAUAGGACAUCCUUUAUUUUUUGCUGGUGUUGUGAAAGCGAGUGUCUCUGUAACAAUGUUGUAACGACUCGGUAAAUGUGAAAAGUUUUUGUGAAUACACCAAGUCAUGAGUAUUACUUCUUGUUCGGAAACGCACUAGUCAUGCAGUAGAUUCAGUGAGUUAUCAAAAAAUCAGAAAUUAAUCGGGAUUAGUU